AUGUGCGGGAGAUAUGCUUUAUCAUACAAUGUUGAUCAAUUACCUCAGCAAAUAUCCAAAUACAAAUCAUUAAAUGAACCAAGCCUACCAAAAAUUGAUGAUGAUUCUAAAAAGGAUAAAGGAUAUAAUGAUCUUGAGAUAGCUACCAAGUAUAACACCAAAUCAUAUAACAUUGCACCAACGAAAUGCUGUCCCAUCCUAUUAGAACAUACCAAUGAAAUUUUACUCAUGAGAUGGGGGUUAAUACCAGCUUGGAGUGAAACCCCUGUAAAAUAUAAUACAUUUAAUGCAAGAAUAGAAAGUUUGAACAGUUCAAAAAUAUGGAAAACAACAAAAUCAAAAAACUAUUACUGUGCUGUUCCUAUGAGCGGAUAUUAUGAAUGGCACCAAUUGACUAAGCAACCAUACUAUGUUAGAAGAAAGGACGAGAAAAUUAUGUUUGUUGCUGGAUUAUACGAAAUUCAUGAAAAGAAAAGUGGUGAAAAAUCAUACAGUUUUACCAUAGUAACAUCGCCGGCUCCCAAAAAUUUAGAAUGGUUGCAUUUGCGAAUGCCAGUUAUCAUUGAACCUGGAUCUCAGAAUUGGGAAUCCUGGUUUAAAAAGGGUGAAUUACAUGAGCCUAAAUUUGAUGAUGAGCUGUAUGAAUGUUAUCCUGUUACUAAGUCUGUAGGUAACGUUAAAAACGAUAACAAGGGGCUAAUAGUUAAAGUAGAAAAUGACAGUUCAUCUAUUAGAUCUACACCUUCCUCUUCUUCAAGUAGCCCUCGUAACCAUAGGAAAAGAUCCGUUGAUGUUUCGCAAUUUUUCACAAAAUCACCAUUAAAAAAAAAAAAAAAUUAA